UUCGGUUCGACUACACCACAUCACGCAGUGGCGAGCCUUAUAAAAGCUCUGCAGCCGGCGUUCACCUCAGCACUUCCAUCAACAUGAGGGCGACAGUGGCAGCUCUCCUCCUGUGUCUUGCGGUAUCAGCAUGCCGCAGCCAAGAGACUCCACCAGGCCCUCCUGGACCAACUGAAGGGCCACAACCAACUGGUCCACCUGGCCCACCAACUGGAGGACCUGACCCAACAGGCCAACCCACUGGAGGCCCUGAACCAACUGGACCACCUGGCCCACCAACUGGAGGACCUGACCCAACAGGUCAACCCACUGGAGGCCCUGAACCAACUGGACCACCUGGCCCACCAACUGGAGGACCUGACCCAACAGGCCAACCCACUGGAGGCCCUGAACCAACUGGACCACCUGGCCCACCAACUGGAGGACCUGACCCAACAGGUCAACCCACUGGAGGCCCUGAACCAACUGGACCACCUGGCCCACCAACUGGAGGACCUGACCCAACAGGCCAACCUACUGGAGGCCCUGAACCAACUGGACCACCUGGCCCACCAACUGGAGGACCUGACCCAACAGGCCAACCUACUGGAGGUCCUGAACCAACUGGAGGGCCGCAGCCAACUGGAGAACCUCAACCUACUGGUGGACCUCAACCUACUGGCCCACCAGCGCCGCCAUCUGGUGUACCUGGUCGUUUUUGGCGUGGAGUGUUCUGAAGAUUCUGCAUCAGUACAACUCUGAAACAUCAAAAGAUUUCAUCCACAGCAUUUGGAAAUAACUGAAUCACAGCUUAUUGAUGGAAAUGUUCUCGUAAUCUCAUUGUAAAUUUAUUUCUCAUUAAACUAGCAAUGAAAAAUCUC